UUAUUAUUAUUAAAGAAUUAAUGCAAAAUGCUUCCCCCAAUAAAAUCAGACCAAACUUGGCCUUAGAGGUUUCCUCCUCAGAGACACUGCUGCUCAUUCCCAACAUAAACAAAGCUACUACAGUCGGUCGAAUAGAUAGAGACACUACUAAGAUGGUUCAGACAGGGGCUGAUCUGUGUCCCUUGUUCCUCUUCCAUGUCGUUGGCCAUGUUUAGGCUUCUAGGUCUAGCUGCAGAGAGAGUGAUUAUUUAGAUAAAGAUCGAGUAUUUUUGUUGUUGUGGGUUGGGUGGGGGGGAGAUGAAUAGUGGUGGAGAGGGUGGGGGUGGGGGUGGUGGGUCAGGGAUGUCUACAGGGGUGAUGGCAAUGAGGUCUCCUUUUACAGUGUCUCAGUGGCAGGAACUGGAACACCAAGCUUUGAUCUUUAAGUACAUGAUGGCAGGUUUGCCUGUGCCACCUGAUCUUAUGCUUCCCAUUCAGAAGAGCUUCGAGUCUAUUUCUCAUAGGUUCUUCCACCAUCCCACCAUGGGUUAUUGUGCUUACUACGGGAAGAAGGUGGACCCUGAGCCGGGACGAUGCAGGAGGACUGAUGGAAAGAAAUGGAGGUGCUCCAAAGACGCGUACCCGGACUCUAAGUACUGUGAGCGCCACAUGCACCGUGGCCGCAAUCGUUCAAGAAAGCCUGUGGAAUCACAAUCCAUGACACCAUCAACACCGACUGUGACAUCACUGACUGUUCCUGGAGCAACCGCAGGAGCUGGAAGCUUCCAAAAUCUUCCGCUACAUUCAUUUGGUAAUCUACAAGGAUCUGGCUCUGGAUCCAGCUUAUCUAAUGUGGAUUCCAUUCCCUUUGGAAUCCCAAGCAAAGAUUACAGGUAUCUUCAAGGACUUAAACCUGAGGUUGGUGAGCGUAGCUUCUUCACCGAAAAUUCAGGAAGCAAUAGGGGUCUCCAGAUGGACUCAACAGUAGACAAUUCAUGGUCAGUGAUGCCGUCAACAGUUCCUUCAUUUCCUUCUUCAAAAUCAAGUGGCAACCCGAUGAUGCACCUCGAUUAUCCACAGUACUCGUUUUUCGGCAGUGAAAUUGCGUCGGGAGAGACUCUCAAACAACCGGAGGGCCAUUGUCUUCGACCUUUCUUCGAUGAGUGGCCUAAGACUCGGGAUUCUUGGUCUGGUCUUGAUGGGGAGAGAUCCAACAAUGCCUCAUUCUCGACGACCCAGCUCUCGAUAUCCAUUCCAAUGUCCUCGUCUGACUUCUCCACUACGAGUUCUCGAUCCUCCACAGGAUAAUAUGGCAUAUCUUAACCAAACCUUUUGCAUGGGCUCGCCUUGCGCUUGUAUGGUCUGGAAGAGUAAGAUCUUGUGCAUUAGGAAUUUCAACAGCUAUAUUGCAGAAAUCUUUACCAAGUCAUCACAUUUUGAGUUUUAUGUCCGAAAAAAACGGAUCCCUUGGACAUGUUUCUAUUUUAUUCCAAAACUCGGGUUAUCUAUGUAGUUGGUUGUGUGUAAUUCAUUAUACUAUAGAUUCUGAAGCUGGGGAUUUCGAUUUCUAAUAAAACGAACUCUAUCUGGUGGUUUAGAGAUUCAGAAAAUUGUGUUUAGGUUGGAUGAAAGAGAGAGAUAAGAGUUGUUUUCAUAGUUGUGCUUGUUUCUUGAUGAAUCGCCUGCUAAAUAUAGUUGCUCAACUUAGGCAAUGUUUGUGUUUGUGUUUCUGUAAUGUGAUUGUGUUGUAAACUGUGUAUGCAGACACAAAUUUUCAGAAGCAUGAUGUUACUAAAAUUAAUAUGUAAGUGUGGUUUGUUGGGUUUGAA